AUGUCCGAAGGACAGUCUCAGCGCUCGGUCGCCUCGAGCGCGUGGCACCGGCAGGAGGCCGAGCUCGCCGCGGCAGAGGAACGCGAGCGAGCAACGGCAGAGACCGCUGCGACAGCGGUGAGGGCGUCAAGGCUAGCGGUGGCGGAACUAGCAGCAGCAAGGGCAGAAGUGGAAGCAGCGGCGGCGGCGGAUGCAGCGCGUGCGGCGGCAAUGCAGCUCAAGGCUCUACGCGGCAGUAGCAUCAGCAGCUCUAUCUCUGCUGACAGUAGCACCAACGUGGAACUCAAGCUGGCAAGGGAAGCACCGGCGGUGUCCCACCUGCGGGUCUUCGGCUGCCUCGUGUUCACCAAGGAGCUUGGCCACGUCGGCAAGCUCGACGACAGGAGCACUCUGGGGGUGUUCAUCGGCUACGCAGAUGGCUUGAAGGCCUACCGCAUUCUUGACCCGGAGACACAGUGUGUGCGCACGGUGCGCAACGUAGUGUUCAACGAAGGGCGAGGAUGGGCAUGGGACAAGGCGGCGGAAGAUGGCUUGACUCUGACGUACGACGACUUCACUAUCGAGUACGUCCACUUCGAGGGAGCUGGGGGAGUAGGCAGCUCCUCUGCUUCGAGCGUGCCUACCCCAGUCCCCAAGCAUCCAUCGACCCCGGCGCCCACUACUCCGGCAGUGCCACGCUCUCCAGCCAUGACUCCGGCUGCGACUAGCUCUUCGACAACACCACAACCGCCGGCGACCCCACGCACUCCAGCACCACCAGCUACCCCUCCAGGCAUAACUACUCCAACACUAGCUUGUGUCGAGCAUAGCCCAGUGGAGUUCUCUACUCCGCUCUCUCAUGAUGAGGAGCGCAUCAACGCGUACCACGACAGUGAGCCAUUGCGGUAUCGUACGAUGGAGGACCUUAUUGGCGACCUGCCGGUGCCGGAACUGGUACCUCAUGAUCUGGAGGCACAGAUGCACCUUGCGUGCGACGACGGCGAGCCUUGGUCUUUCACAGAAGCCGAGAGACAUGUGGCAUGGCGUGCUGCGAUGCAGUCGGAGAUGGACGCGGUUGAAAAGAACCGCACCUGGGAACUUGCUAACCUCCAUCGUGGUCACCGCGCGAUCACCCUUAAGUGGGUGUUCAAGUUGAAAAGGGAUGAAGCUGGCGCCAUCAUCAAGCACAAGGCUCGCUUGGUGGCACGACUUUGA